CGUCGCUCGAAAUGUCCCCCACUUUCCGACCCCGCAUUUUAGCAUUGAAUUUCCCCGUGGGGGUGGCCACAACGCUCCGAUGGGCAGAUGGGAUAUGUUGGCUCUCGCCGAUGAAGGUGGCCUGAUCCAGUUCUGCUCCGCAGUUGACCGAGCAUAGCAUUGAAUUUCUCUCGCACCAUCCGAAUGGAUCGUCCCUCGAAGCGUCCGCGCCUGUCAAUGGCAUGUAACAUUUGCCGCCAGCGCAAGGUCAAAUGUGACGCAGAAUACCCAAAAUGCCGGAACUGUCGAGUCCGAAACCAGGCUUGUGUCACGACUGAUCCUCAACGACCUGGAUGUCCGGGACUGCGCGAGUGGCUAGACGUCCCUGAGAAGCAGCUACAGAUCACAACUGUCGAUGCAGGCAUCCAGAACAACGAGUACUUGCAAAAUGCCCACACCCAAAAGAAUUCACUACAAGAGCCGGACUCAUCUGAAGUCGACGGUGAUACUGGCGCAGAUAGCGAAGUCUCACCAGUCCGCCAGCCGUUCGACACCUCAGUAAAUACCGAAGAUGGAACAAAGCGAACAAAGAUUCUCGGGGGAAGUAGCUCCCAGUGCCUUGCCAAAUCCCUCGAUGUAUACUUCAAGGCUGCUCGAAUGCAGCCUGUCUCCGAGUUCUUUCGGCACGGGAUGAGGCACGCCGAAGAGCUCGACCUCGUGCUUGCCUUGUUACUCCCCGAGCUCCCCGACACCGAGAAGCGGGCAAAGUACAUGUCGGUAUACCGUUCACGCAUCUACCCAUUGUAUCCCGUGUUCGACCUAAGUCGUCUAGAAGCAGGGAUUGCGGAACUAGCCGCAAUGUCGAACUUCAAUUCGCUUCCUCGGGACGACAUACCGCUCCUGGUGUGUGCAUAUCUCGUCAUGAGCAUAGGAGCAGACGAAUACGCCCAAUGCCCGACCGAGGAAGGGGAGCGUUAUCUUCAUGCCGCGGCCAGCCUUCUCGCUCAUAUCAUCGUCGUGCCUUAUCUGCAUACCGUGCAAGCACUUCUGCACUUCACUAUCGCGUAUAGAGGCCACAAUCGAGAGGGCCUCGCAUGGCAGACACUGGGAAUGGCCAUCCGUAUCGCUUACACACUCGGCCUUCACCAUGCUCAGCCAUCCAAGUCCCCCGUCGGCGCUUCAGAGAAACCUGGAAUCCGUGUCCGAGUAUGGGCAACGUGCUGUGCUCUCGAAAAGCUGAUGCACCUUGCUUCCGGCUGGCCAACUCUAAUCUCAGACGACCUCAUGGCCCGAAGCAAUAGCCUAAAGGGGACAGAAUACCAAUUCCUACAAUGGCACCUUGGCUUGGCUGGGUACCAGGGUAGCAUCAGCGACCACUUGUACAGUCACCCCGCAGGCCGUAGUACCCGCAGUGUGCGACAAAUUCUAGUCGAUACUGCGCGCCUCGACAGGGAUCUCCUCUUGUGGGCGAACGACAUUCCUGUCGAGCUUCGCCCGGGCAAUGAUAUUACUUGCGCGAGCGACGAGUUUCACAUGGCUGCAUUCCUAUCCAUCGAGUAUCAUGCUGCAAUGAUAGCCCUUCACCGUGCUGCACUCAUCGCACCGAGAGCCAAGAUGGAACAAGAAGUUAUGAAGCACUGCUCUGACGACCCGUCACGGUUCCGGCUGGCGAGCGGCGAAUCCAUAUGUGUGAACAGCGCACGCGCUAUUGCGAAACUGAGUAUCGAGCUACAAGAUCGUGGGUUAGACUCUUGUCUUAUUCCGGCGGGCACGGCAGUACUCGCAUGUAUAUCACUCGCGAUAUACCUGAUGAAGCAUACAACGUCUCGCCUCCAGGCAAUGGACAUGCAGCUACUGAAAGCGUGCUUGGCGUAUUCGAGUACGAGGAUGGCGCAGAGCAAUAUCGAUCCGAGAUUCAUUGAAGGGCUGGCGAUGAUUUAUGAUCAGGUCCAGGUCAGGCUGGAGGCUUACCUUGAGGGCGCUGAGUCGAGAGUGCUGAGUCCACUGAGGCAUCAUCAAGCGAUUUACAGCGAACAUGUCUCCUCUCCAAAAGCUGUCAAGUACUAUAGAAGUGCUCAAGCGUUUGCUCAACUGCCAACCCCAUCGACUCAUGAGCCAACCAGUCCAGCCCGAAUGCGCAACCUCGGUCAAGAAAAAAGUAUCAAUCGGCAUCACCACGCUCAAGCGACAAUGCCCCGGAGAGCCCAAUCCUUUUCCCAUCCGGUCCCUAACCUUGAUAGGAAUGGAUUGGGGAUCCAUAAUGAAUGGCCUCAAACGCAGCAAGAACCUUUGGACACCCAAGUCCCUCUAGACUCUUCAGACAUCUCGUUCUUAGGUGGACCGGCAGCUGGUAUGGGCGAAUUUCCAACUGAGAUUGAUCAGGUAUUUCCCUUCGAAGGAUUCAACGUUGAGGAGCUUUGGAAUUGGAUGAUGUACUAUGAUAGCCCUCCUAGCACUGAAAUACUAUAAUGCCAAGUGUGGUUAAAGGUCAAGCCAUUUGCCUUGUCGAUGAGUCGUUGUAUUUGCUGUAGCAGUGGGCAUGGUUCAAGACUAAGAGGUCGGUCCUUGAUACUUCCAAGGAACGCGCUGAAGUUCAUCGGGGGUUUGGUGUCCGUGUCCUGCCAGCCUUUUCCUAUCCAGCAAUACUUGGUAGCUCUGCCUUUGCUAUGGUAUUACCCUAUUCUGCCCAUUCCUCUGAGAUAAGCAGUUUGCGACUGGGCCUGACUCUUGGCGCGAUUUUCUGCGGAAACCAUGGCAUUGUUGUACUCUGCAGCAUCGGCCAGGAGCAGGAGGCAUUGGCCUUGUCCAGCAAAAGUCCUGGAGCAACCAGCCCCAUCUGGGCGACGGAAUAUCAUUCUAAUUGCCUGCUCUUGUCCAUUCGCGUGUCUUGCGGCCCAUCUCCGUGUUGUUGUACUUUGUCGUCGCGGUCCACGGGAGGAGGAAGUCCAGUUGGUACAGCUCUCGAGCCUCGUAUCCUCGGUGGAUUGUCUGAGUCCGAAAGGCUUAUCGGCGAG